AUGGAGGCCUGGUUCGUAUCCAUGUGCUUCUGCUUCGCGGUUGUCUUCCACCAAGCUUCCGCUAUCAACGGAGGGGCGUUUGUUCCGACUGUGCUGAGGGUUGGAAGGAAAGAGAAGCUCGACCUUCCUGGAACCGUGCCCCGGACUCACGGUCGCCUGGUGGCAUCUCCAGUGUCGUUCUCGUCUGGCAUCAAGGCGCUAGCAGUCUACGUGCACAGUAAGGGGCUCAAGCUGGGCCUCUACUCCGAUUCUGGGGGCUCAACCUGGGUCUCUACUCCGAUUCCGGGUGAGGGGGGGGGUGUGAUUGCGUGUUUCAUGAUGGUUGAUGUGUGGGGGGCAGGCGGAGAGGGAAUAGGGGCUGCAGACUAUGGGCACAGCAAGGGGCUCAAGCUGGGGCUCUACUCCGAUUCAGGGUGA